AUGGCGGGCCUGGCAGGCGCUGGGGCCGCGCUGUGCUCCGAGCGGUUCGGGUCCCAGGCGGCCCGGGGCUGCAGCGCCGCCGCCGACGGGAGCCUGCGGUGGGAGGCCUGGGGGCGGCGCUGGUGGGGGGGCGCCGAGGGAGCGCCCGGGCCCGCCGCACCCCCUCUCCCGCGCCUGCUGACCGCGUUCCUGCCGCAGGGCUUCCCCGACAGCGUCAGCCCCGACUACCUGCCCUACCAGCUGUGGGACUCCGUGCAGGCCUUUGCUUCCAGCCUCUCGGGCUCCCUGGCCACCCACGCCGUCCUGCUGGGCAUUGGGGUCGGGAAUGCAAGCGCCUCCGUGUCAGCCGCCACGGCCACCUGGCUGCUGAAAGAUUCAACCGGCAUGCUGGGUCGCAUCAUCUUUGCCUGGUGGAAAGGGAGCAAACUGGACUGCAAUGCCAAGCAGUGGAGGCUUUUUGCUGACAUCCUCAACGAUAUCGCCAUGUUCCUCGAGAUUAUGGCUCCCAUAUUACCGAUCUGUUUCACCAUAACCAUCUGCGUCAGCAAUCUGGCCAAGUGCAUCGUGAGCGUGGCUGGCGGGGCCACUCGGGCCGCACUGACCAUGCACCAGGCCCGGAGGAACAACAUGGCCGACGUGUCAGCCAAGGACGGCAGCCAGGAGACACUGGUAAACCUGGCAGGGCUCCUGGCCAGCCUCUUGAUGCUUCCCCUGGUGUCAGAUUGCCCUAGCUUCAGCCUCGGUUGUUUCUUCCUCCUCACUGCCCUCCACGUCUACGCCAACUACCGGGCCGUCCGAGCCCUUGUCAUGGAGACCUUGAAUGAAGUCCGGCUCUGGCUGGUCCUGAAGCACUUCCUUCAGAAGGGAGAGGUGCUUGACCCCACCUCAGCCAAUCAGAUGGAGCCACUGUGGACAGGUUUUUGGCCCUCUCUGUCUCUGUCCUUGGGGGUCCCCCUACACCGCUUGGUUUCCAGAGUCACUGAGCUGCAGCAGCUGGCCGAGGGACACCGAGAACCUUACCUUCUUCGCUGGGACCAGUCUCAGGGUCAGGUGCAGGUGGUCCUGAGCCAGGGGGCAGGCCCUGAGACCGUCCUGAGGGCCGCCACACAUGGGCUGGUGCUCGGAGCCCUGCGGGAAGGCGGGCCCCUCCCAAGAGAGCUGAGCGAGCUGAGGAGCCAGGUGCGGGCAGACCCUAACAAAGAGAGCUGGGUCCUUGUCAAGGAGACACACCGGGUGCUGGACAAGCUUUUCCCAGAGUUCCUGAAAGGGCUGCAGGAUGCCGGCUGGGAGACGGAGAAGCACCAGCUGGAGGUGGACGAGUGGAGGGCCACAUGGCUCCCGUCUCCAGAAAAGAAGGUCUUGUGA